UUUUUUUUGCUUGAGACACGUUUCGGUUUCUAAAAUAGAAAAAUCUUUUUUCUAAAUAAAUUUUGCCUGUUUUAUUAUUAAAUAAUUAAAUACAGUUAGGUUAGAUUUUUAAUAAAAAUAUUUCAACAAAUUGUGCUUCAUGUUUGCUUAAUAUUGUAGUUGUUAGAUCAGAAAAUCUGAAUUUAUUUUGAAGUAAUUCUGAAUAUCUGAUCAGAAGAAAACAGAUAAAAAAAAAGAAGCUGAACUUAAGUGAACCAGAAUCUCUCAGGACUUCAGUCUAAACUUGACUUCUUCAUUUAAAAACUGGAAACUGAUUAGAAAUUAGCUGGUGAUGAGCAGCAAUAAUGGAGUCAACAUCAUCCAACAAUAAUGUGUCCCAAGCUUUAGUCAUUAUUAUACUUUCUAUGACAGUAGUCCUUAUCUUAUUAGUUUCGUAUGCAAAGAAUAUUCUACUUUUCCUAGGGAUUAUUAAACAACAUGGGCCACAAGAUGAUGACAAAACAGAGAAAGACUCUUCAAAGUCUGAAAUUCCUGACAACAAGGAAGCAACGAAAUCCAAAGAUACUAAUCAACUGAACAAAAUGGCAACUUCUAAGAAGGAUAGGACUGUAUCAAAGUCGAAAUUUACCCAUGAACAUCUAGUUGCCACUCUGAAAUCCCAUACAGGAAUCAUAUCGGAUAUGCAUUUCAGUCCCAAUGGGAAGUAUCUGGCAUCUUGUGCUGAUGAUAGAUCGAUAUAUGUCUGGAUUAUCAAAGAUUUCUUAAACAACAGUAGCAAGUCAAUCAGAGUGAAUGUUGACUAUGACCAUGCCACGAAGCUCUGUUUCAGUCCAGACAAUAAAGCUUUUUUGGUUACCCUGUUCUCGGAAGAAACAAUUCGAGUGUACAAGAUGGCUAAGAAAGAGGAUGGCACAUUGGGAAAAAUUCAGUCGGCCUUUGAUUUUCCAGAGAAAUGUCCCCACGAAGUAUUGACCAUUGGAAUAGCCAGCACAGGCCUUUAUGUUAUGACCUGCUAUAAGAAUCCCAUCAUCAAAAUAUGGGAUAUCAAAGGUACCCUGCUUACAAGCAUCGACACUCUACAGAUGAAUCAUACUCACGGCCGAGUGUCACCUUGUGGCCGAUUUGUGGCUUGCUCAGGUUUUACGUCAGAAGUAAAAGUAUGGGAGGUCACCUUCAGCAAGACAAAUGAAUUUAAGGAAACGACAAAGGCUUUCCAACUCGGCAGUCACACGUCUACCAUAUAUUCAUUCGAUUUCAACAACGAUUCAACGAGAAUGGCCACUAUUUCGAAGGACGGCACGUGGAAACUGUGGGACACAAACAUUGAUUACAAGAGAAGGCAAGACCCGAAAUUACUAAGAACCUGGAACUGUCAGUCGUCAUUCGUCGGCUCAUCUCUCCUCUGCCUCUCAGCCAAUGGUCUUUCAGUAGCAAUAGCUAAUCACGGUUCAGUUUACAUUUACAACGUCUAUGACGAGGAUUGCGAUCGGAUUGAAGAUUUGUGUAUCGGGGACAUAGUUGCAGUUGAGUUCAGUCCGAGCAAUGCUCAUUUAGCGGUUUGCACUGAAAAGUCAAUCUUUGUAUUCCACAAUGUUAAAGGUUUGAAGGGGUUUAUAAAAGAUUUAAAGUUGAAGAUUCAAAGUGCCUCAACAACAUCAAUGAAGGAGAGAAUUAAAGAACAAAUUAAUACUGCUAUGACCCAGCUAGCUUCAUUGGACAAGUAACAAUGAUGACAGUGAUGGUGAAUUGUGGGGCAAGAAUAAGAAUGCAAUGAGAUGAUGAAUUAUCAUUGAACACUAGCAAGCAUCUCAAUCAUUGUUCAUCUUGUCAUACGUAUAUAUAUAUAUAUUCGUAAAAACCUUAUUUUGUCGGUUUUUUUCAUUUGUUUUUGGAGUAAAACUAAAUUAAUUUCUAAAAUAGAAAACCUCGUUUGAGUUUAUU